CAACCAUAUCAAAGCUUCAUAAUCUUCAGACUUUGAUUAUUUAUAGAUCUGAGGUUCGUUUACCAGUGGAGAUUUGGAGGCUGAGCCAAUUGAGACAUCUUAUUGCCUUUUCAUUUCAUCCUUUACCCCAUCCUGAAGUAACAGCUAUUCCUCUAGCAAACUUACAAAAAUUUUCGCUGGCAACGGAUUUUGUAUGUGUGAAAAUGAUUCCAAACAUUCAAAAGUUGGGAAUAUUCUACUCUGAAGAGAAGUUUAGUGAAGGCUAUCAUCCUGGCAAUCUGUUCGGCAACCUGUUUCGACUUGAGAAGCUGAAAUUGGAGAGACAUAAUUCAUUUUGCGGGAGUCUGAAUUUUGCCUUUCAGUUUCCUCUGUCGCUGAAGAAGUUAACACUAAUUGGCUGGAAGCUUCCUUGGAGUCAUAUGAAGAUUGUUGGUUCGUUGCCUAAUCUUCAAGAGUUGAAACUAAGAAAAUAUGCUUGCAACGGGAAAUGCUGGGAAACUUCUAAGAGAGAUUUUGUUAAUCUGAGGCUUUUGCUUAUUGAUGAAUCAAAUUUGCGGCUAUGGAGACCUAAAAGUCGCCACUUCCCACGGCUCAAGUGCCUAAUGCUUCUUCGUUGUCCAGAUUUGCCUGAGAUUCCAAUUGCUCUUGGACACAUUCCAACGCUUGAACUGAUCGAGGUCGAUGAUUGUAACAAAUCUCUUUUCAAGUCAGCCCAAAAGAUUCAAAGGAAACACCGAUUGAAUUUUGGUGAUGGCCUUCAUGUUCGUAGGAUGCGUUCUAGAUAUACUCUUUCAGAUUCGACUCUGUACUUCAUAUCAGAUGCAGAGUGUUGAUGAGCUAGCUUACCAGAUGUUUGACUGAUACAAAAGGCAAAGAGAAUGGUAGAGAUCUGGCUAGUUCCAAAUUAUUGAUCAGAGAUUUAGUCAUUUGGUUUUCGGGUUUGACAGGUUGGUUUGUAAGUUGUGUCAACUCUUUUGUUUCUCUUUUCUUGUUAGGUCACAGGGGACAGAUUUGUAGUUUCUAUUUGUGAUUGUAAGGCAUGUGCUGAAGGCUCGACGACUAACUCAUUGCUAUUGGGUGUUUCACGAGUUAUAACUACUUUGAUGAUUGACUAUAUAUCUGAGAGGUAGAAGAGGGUUGAAUGAAGUAUCUUUCAGAAUCAAAUUUUAAAUUUUGAUU